GGUGGGGAUGGAAUAUCCAUUUUUAUUGCAUCACCUGUCAGCGGCGUCCAAUGGGCGUCGACUCCGAGGGCAUUAAUUGAUGAAGGUGUCUCCAGACUGGCGCACCUCCCCUCUCUGUCAUUUUAUUUGUGGCUCAACCAGCAGCCAGAAUAGCAGCUGCAUUUUAGCUCUUAUUCUGUUUCUCUCUGACUCUCUCUCUUUCUCCCUUCCCUCCACCCUCACAACUCCAUCUCCCUCCCUCCCUCCCUCCCUCCCUCUCUCUCUCUCUCUCCUCUCGCUAUUUUAUCCCUCUGGCUGAGGCAGUGGUGUACACCUACCCCUCGUCCUGCUGCCGACCAGAGGGGAGUGGAGCCGGCAGAGGCAGGUAGCAGCAGCCCCGGCUUGGUGGACGCAUCCGUCGCAUUCCUCCACCAUGCCGGACCGGGGCAAGAGGCGACGAGUGGAUGCUGUCAGACCAUUCAACCUAUUAGGCACCGGCAGCUCCAUUUAAGUCCGCAUGUCAAAGUUUGCAUUUUCAUGACGCAGCAGCAGCAGUGUGGAUGGAUCAAAGGUAUGAGCAGGAUGCCUUGAGCUCGCGACCCCGUGCCAUUUACUGGUGAAUCCAUAAAAUACUGAGAGUGUCUACAUGGAUUAAUACAUUGGAUGCAUAAAACAUGGGAGACCUGGAGUGUGGCUUUGAGGAAAUGCAAGGAGUGAGAUUGGGAUACCUGCUCAUCAAAGGCAAGCAAAUGUUUGCUUUGUCUCAGGUCUUCACCGACCUGCUGAAGAACAUCCCUCGGACCACGGUGCACAAGCGCAUGGACCACCUGAAGGUGAAGAAGCACCACUGCGACCUGGAGGAGCUGCGGAAGCUCAAAGCAAUAAACUCUAUAGCUUUCCACGCCGCUAAAUGCACUCUUAUAUCGCGGGAGGACGUGGAGGCUCUGUAUUUCUCCUGCAAGACGGAGCGGGUGUUGAAGUCCAACAAAAGGAAAGCGAAAGCGGUGGGUUCCCCCGGGGGUGAGGACGCGUCCCCGGGGCUCCUCCGUGCGGACGCCGAGCUGUGGAAGGAAAAAGUUUGGUUUAGUUUGCACGGCGUCCCGGAGACUCUCACGCUUCACAACAAAACGAGCAGGAGGCGAGAGCUGACUCCUUGCCUUACCGACUCCAAACUACCUCAAUUUUACCACAAAACCCAUGGACGGGAGUUCCGUUCGGCGACUAAGUCCAGUCACAAACACUUUAAAAACUAUGAAACAGCUAAAAUAACAGGGAACCGCGUUACUUUGAGCCAAAGGCACUCGUUUUUCCGGAGCGCGGUGAGCCGGCAGCCGGUGGUGCUUCAGUCCGCCAUAGCUGCUCAGUCCAGGCUCUCGCGCUCAGCCGGCGACCUACUUCACAAAAGGAAGAGGAGGCGCGAGGGGGGCGGCGGCAGGGACAGCGCGAGGCACUCGUGGAGCAGAAGCAGACACGCGCACCACCACGUACCACCGGUGCUGCUCGUGCAACCCAAAUCACCCGGCAGCCACGGGACUUCUUUCGGUGCUUUCCACCUCGGUCCGGAUUUCUAUCUUGACCCCCGACCUCACCAUCAUCACCACCACCAGCACCACCAUCAUCAUCAUCACCACCACCACGAGCCCAGUUUCCCGGAGAGUUACAGCAGCGACACUGAGUCCAGCACCUACUCGGACCGCGCGUACCCAGACUCGGACUUUGGCUCCGGUUUCUCCACCAGCAGCAACUCCGGCAGCUCCGAGGAGGAAGAGGAAGGCGAGGAGGAAGAUGACACGCAGUCGGAGAGUUCAGAGGUCAGCUCAGACGAGGAGGAGAGCUCCACUCAGUCCGACUCCAGCUCUGUCUCUAGCCGGGUUUCUGUGCAGAGCAUCCGGUUCAGACGGGCCCGGGUCGGUGCUCUUGCCAAAACUCUCAACACUAGUAAAGCACCUUUGGUCCUGCAGCCCACGUUUCACUACAACAACCAGCAUCAACAGGAGAAACAGCACAGGACACUGGGCCAUGCUGCUGCACAGACAGGCGACAGCAGACAGGAGAGGCAUCAGAAAUGUGAGUUUGGACCGUUACAGCCACCCAAAUUUAACUCAGCUAUAGGGGAGAGCUUUUUCACUGAAUCCAAAAGGGAAAAGGUGUUUGACGCAGAUCCAAACGGGGCUGACCAUGUGGACGAGCUCCCCCCUUAUUCACCGGGACCCAACCGGAGUAAGGCCUUUCACCCCUCACGCAGGACACCGGGGCAGCCCACCAAGUGCCCCCCGGGACUGAGCGCGCAGUGUGACCAGGACAAAGACGCCAAGCUCCCCAAAUGUAGCGACAAAAGGGAGGCGAGAGCCAGCAGCGUCAAAGUGCCCAGUCCACUGAAAAAGAUAAAGAGCGAGCCGGAGGAGCUGUGUGUGACCGCCGCCCCCCACCCGGACAGCGGCAGGACAGCCAGGACACCACCCUUCAACCUCCACAAUGUGAAAGUUAAAGUGGAGGAAAGCUGUGAUGAAUAUGAAUACCAGAGCCAGGCCACUGGAGUCAAAUGUAAAGGGGACAAGACAGAGAGCAGCAGUGGCCAAUAUCCAAUCAAACACGGGGACUUUUUCAACAGCGGGAUUAAAGCCACAGAGAGGAGCCCCGAUGUGGCCCCCAGGUCCCCCUGUGGUCCUCAGGAAUGCAUGCGCACCCAGGACUCCCCGUGUAUGGAAGAGGGGGAGCACAGGAACAAAAACUACAGGGCUCCGGUGCUGGGGAGCAAAAAACUCCGAGUUUCCAGGACGCAAACAAAACAAAACGUGCCCAGAGUCAACACGGCUGCCUCCUCCUGCUCCUCUGCUUCUUCUACUUCUUCUUCUUCUUCGUCGUCUUCUUCUCGUGCAGCGGGCUGCGAGGAGGUGUCCACGGAGGAUUUACCGAGCAGACGCAAACGCAGCAACGCGAGCACUGUAGCAUCGCCUGCGAAAAUGCCUUUCAGCCUGAUGGCAAAUUUCCCAUCCCCGCCGUCGCUGGUUGUUGGCAGCGACGGGGAUUUGUGCCCUGCUUACUCCCUGAACUCGCUGAGGGGCCCCGGGCCUCCCCCUCCGUCCCACCCCGUGUGGAGGUGGCAGCCAGGCGGCCAGAUUCUCCCUCCCCCACACGCUCAGAGAACUAGGAAAUACUGAGCUGGUUUUGCAAGCAAAGAAAACAAAAAAAAAGGGCCCCCACCGUGUCCAUCUGUAGUCUUAACGUGAGCUCACCAAAAAUUGCUCGCAACUUUAUCUUUAUUCUAAUUAUUUUCCUGUGAAUGGGUUUACAUUCCGCUUUGUUUUGAAGUUUGAUCGAGGAAAAAACACAACAUGAUCCCCCCUUUUUGGAGCCUCAGAAAACGCCCACAGGACUGUGAGACACCGCUCGUGGAUUUUUAAUGCUUAACAAAAAAAAACCUUGUGUUUUAAAUAAGCUAUCAAUCCUAAGCAAUAUGUUAGGUUCUCCUUAUUGUGUUUACUUGAUUAUUUCCUUCGCUUUUCUAUGCUCGACCUGUUGGAUUGUAUGGUGCCAGGGUUUCUGUGGGUUGUGCUUUGUCUAAAAGAGGAAAGGGGUUUUUUAAAGAAAGAAAAAAAAGAAGAAGCCCACAGCAUUCCUCGAGAUGAGGCUACUCUUAAUCUAGCUGGGUUUGACUUGGUGAAAUCAGAAGAAAAGAAAAUCAGGGUUUCCCCAUUCUGUGCCACCUGGUGAUAUUUUAUAUAUCAAAGCUGUGUUUUCUCUCAUGGCUGUCAUGCGCACCAGCUUGGCCACAAGUGUUCAAUUUCAGAGAAUUAUUAAAAAAUUGGUUUUCCUAGUGUCUAUCUCUACAUGCUCACGGUUAAGCCUUUAUUAGAUUUGACAGGAAUUUAGGAGUUUAUUGGUGGUUGUGGGUGUGUUUUUUUUCUUCUUCUUCUUCUAGAGUGCUUGUCAUAUAGUUUCCAGUCUUGUUUUUAUUUCUGCGGAGCAUUUCCUGGUUUUUGCAAACGUGUGACUGCGCACAGACGCAGGCCCAGUCACAACACAGGCCUUAUGUACAGACAAUCAAAAAGAAAUAAGGCUCAGCCCUUCAUAGCACGUUAGAUCACCACGAUAGACUCGAGUCACGUCCCUCCUGGUCCACUUGGCCACCGAUUUUCCCCCUGCACACCAUCAUAUAUGUGUGGCAGGGCUAUAGUCUGUUUGUGCGUGAAAGCACGAGUUGGAAAUGAAUAAAUAAAUAAGACAAAAUGACAAUAUCCAAGUCAGGCUUUGGAUGGGAUGUGAUUCAGGAGUCACAGUGGGGGGAUAAAACAGCACCAAAACAGCGUGAAACGCCUUCUAGCUCCUCUGGCUACUCAGAAACAAUGCGACAAAGCACAAGAGAUAGGCUUAGAAGCAUUGCACUUUGAUACUGUUUGGGGGUCUUGUUGCAGCUUUAGGGUUUUCUGACCAGCCUGUGAAAUGAUGUCUGAGAGAUGCUGAUGGAGAAACAACAAAAAGAUGAGAGACAAAGGCCAACAUUUGACUGUUAUUUUGGAUAUGUAGGAGUCACCCAUGAUGGUUUUCUGAUUUCCUAUAAGUCAAUAAUAUGCUAAUUUCCGUGGAGCCAUUGUUCAUUAUUAUAUUUUUAAGUCUAAGUCAAUUGUGUGGUUCUGGGCUGGGGAAUUAUUUCCUUUAGGACAUCCAAAAUAGACUUUAAAAUAUUGCUUUCUUUGUCAAGCACAUCCCCAUCAUCACCUUUUAAUGUAGCCUUUAUGAAUAUGGCCGCUCAGUGAAUGUAGUACCCCAGACCUGUUUCAUUUGCUCCCUUAAAUUCAGCCAGACUUCAGUGUAAAAAACAAAACAAAACACCUUUAAGCGGAAGUGAAUCAAGUGGCUGAAGCUGUACCUACACGUAGGUAUUCUGAGUAAAUGUAAGAUGUUUUUUUUUUAAUGGCAGUGCAGGACGCGGUCUGCUAAUUGGCAGGCUUUUUCUGUCUGCGACAAAGAGAGGCCCAGCUUAUGGCGAGCCAGAUCACAACAAACCCAAAGCCCGUGAAUGAUGUCAGCCUCACAAGCACAGCAAAGGGUGCAUUCAUUCAGAGGAUUGUAGAAACUAUUUAAUGGGUGAUUAUAAAAAAAAAAAAAAAGGGGGGGGGGGGGGGGGGGG